AUGCUGCGUCAAAAAGUAAUUCAUAAGGUUAGAAAGUUUGUCGUCCCAGGUGUCUCUUUAUUAAUUUUCUUCCAGGGCUGCAUUAUUCUUCUGUUUCUCCAAGUAACAUAUAAAACUAUUUAUUGCAGAAAUGCCAUAAGGAAGCAGGCUGGUCUUAAUAGAACCAAAAGACUAUUUAUCGUCUUGGUAUCAUCCAUUCUGCAUGUCGUCGCACCAUCUGCUGUGAGAAUAACCACUGAAAACUCCAGUAUUCCUAAAGGGACGUUUUUCAAGGACCCAAGAAAGAACAGAAUUCUUUCUCAUUUAAAACCAAAUUCUGUGGCUAUUUGUAAUCAUCAAAUAUAUACGGAUUGGAUAUUUUUAUGGUGGUUAGCCUAUACUUCAAACUUAGCGGCCAACGUAUUCAUCAUCUUGAAAAAGUCAUUAGCGUCCAUUCCUAUUAUUGGCUUCGGUAUGAAAAAUUAUCACUUCAUUUUUAUGAGUAGAAAGUGGGCUCAAGAUAAAAUUACCUUAAGCAAUAGCCUUGCAGGCCUUGAUUCGAAUGCAAGGGGUAUCGGUUCACUUGCUGGGAGGUCACCUGAACGUAUAAGUGAAGAAGGAGAAAGUAUAUGGAAUCCCGAGAUCAUUGACCCAGAACAAACCCACUGGCCAUACAAUCUAAUUCUCUUCCCCGAAGGUACCAAUCUCAGCGCUGACACUCGACAAAAGAGUGCCAGAUACGCUGCAAAAAUAGGGAAAAAACCGUUCAAAAACGUAUUAUUACCUCACUCUACAGGCUUGCGAUUCUCACUACAAAAGUUGAAACCGAGUAUUGGCGUUCUUUAUGAUGUCACGAUUGGUUACUCUGGUGUGAAACAGGAGGAGUACGGUGAAGAAAUAUAUGGACUGAAAAGCAUCUUUUUGGAAGGAAGGUAUCCCAAGUUAGUUGAUAUUCAUAUCAGAGCAUUUGAUGUCAGGGAUAUUCCAUUAGAUGGUGAAAAUGAAUUUUCCGAGUGGUUGUAUAAAACCUGGAGCGAGAAAGAUGCCUUAUUGGAAAGGUACUAUUCUACAGGAUCAUUUGUGGCUGAUGUCGAAGCAAACCAUUCAGUUACCGAUAGCUUUAAGAUCAACCGUAUUGAAUUAAUUGAGGUGCUAAUAUUGCCAACCCUAACAAUAAUUUGGUUAGUUUAUAAACUCUUUUCCAUUUUGUUUUUAUAG